AUGGAUGAAUUUUCGGUAUAUGGGUCCUCUUUUGACACGUGUUUGACUAAUUUGGAGAUGGUGUUGAGAAGGUGUGAGGAGUCACAUUUGGUGCUUAAUUGGGAAAAGUGCCACUUUAUGGUUAAUGAAGGAAUUGUAUUGGGGCACAAAAUUUCUAAGAAAGGAAUUGAAGUGGAUUGGGCCAAGAUUUCUACUAUAGAGAAUUUUCCACCGCCAAUUUCAGUUAAGGGAGUGAGGAGUUUCUUGGGCCAUGCGGGGUUUUAUCGGAGAUUUAUCAAAGAAUUCUCUAAGAUCUCAAAGCCGCUGUCUACUUUGUUGAUGAAUGGGGUUCCUUUUGAUUUUAAUGAUUAUUGUUUGAUUGCUUUCAAGACUCUCAAGGAGAAGCUCAUUUCAGCGCCAAUAGUAUGUACACCUAAUUGGGACCUUCCAUUUGAGCUUAUGUGCGAUGCUAGUGAUUAUGCGGUUGGAGCGGUUCUUGGGCAGCGAGUGGACAAGGUGGUAGUCUAUACGGAUCAUUCAGCAAUAAAGUAUCUUAUGACUAAGAAAGAUUCCAAGCCUCGUCUUAUUCGGUGGAUUUUGCUAUUACAAGAAUUUGAUGUGGAAAUUAAGGAUAAGAAAGGUACUGAGAACUUGGUGGCUGAUCAUUUGUCUCGUUUAGAGGUUGGGGUAAAUUCUCUUAAUGAAGAAGUUCAGAUUAAUGAUGCUUUUCCGGAUGAGCAGUUGUUCGAAGUGAAUGUUGGCAAGGAGGUUCCAUGGUUUGCGGAUUAUGUAAAUUAUUUGGCUGCUAAGGUUAUACCCCCUGAAAUGACAAGAUGUGUGCCUGAGGAGGAGAUGUUGUCAAUCUUAACUCACUGUCAUAGUCUGCAUUGUGGUGGUCAUUUUGGCGGAACAAGAACAGCUGCAAAAGUUUUGCAAAGUGGGUUUUACUGGCCUACAUUAUUUAAGGAUGCUAAUGAUUUUGUCAAAAGUUGUGACCGUUGUCAACGGACUGGGAACAUAUCAAGAAGAGAUCAAAUGCCGAUGACUGGUGUUUUGGAGGUUGAGCUAUUUGACGCUUGUCAUCUACCGGUGGAACUGGAGCAUAGAGCUUAUUGGGCUGUGAAAAAGUUUAAUGUUGAUCUCUUCAUGGCAGGGCAGAAUAGGCUUAUGGAGUUAAAUGAACUUGAGGAAUUCCGAAAUGAAGCAUAUGAGAAUGCGAAGAUAUACAAGGAGAAAUCGAAGGCUUUUCAUGAUAAGAGAAUAUUAAGGAAGGAUUUUCAACCAGGGGAUAAAGUUUUGCUCUUUAAUUCUAGGCUUAAAAUUUUUCCUGGUAAAUUGAAGUCGCGAUGGUCUGGACCGUAUACGGUAGUCUUCUCACUUCCUUAUGGAGCAGUACAAGUUCAUAGUGAAAAGACGGGAGAUUUUAAGGUGAACGGACAAAGAUUGAAGCAUUACUUGGAGGGUCCGGUGGAGACAUGUAGGUCCGUGGUCGAGUUGGAACUGAUUUGA